GCCCGUAUUCGGGUCGCGGUCGCGGUGAGGCCGACCGGACUUGUUGGGGCCAGGCUCCCGCUCUGUCCUCUUCUCCUGCUCCUGCCCGCACCCCACAGCCCGCGCCAUGUCGAAGCUCAGCCGGGCCCCGCGCUCCAUUCGGAAGAUCGAGGGCAGCGGCGUCAUCCGGGCCAUCGUGCGCGCGGGCCAAGCGAUGCCCGGGCCCCCACUGGGGCCCAUCCUGGGUCAGCAUGGCCUCGCCAUCAGCCAGUUCUGCAAGGAGUUCAAUGAGAAGACAAAGGACAUCAAAGAGGGGAUCCCCCUGCCCACCAAGAUCAUCGUGAAGCCUGACAGGACGUUUGAGCUCGAGAUAAAUCAGCCUACAGUUUCCUACUUCCUGAAGGCAGCAGCUGGCAUAGAAAAGGGAGCCAGGCGCACAGGGCAUGAGGUGGCUGGCUUGAUCACUGUGAAGCAUGUGUAUGAGAUCGCCCGUGUGAAGGCUCAGGACAAGGCCUUCGCUUUGCAGGAUGUCCCCCUCUCCUCGGUUGUCCGGUCCAUCAUUGGGAGUGCCCGCUCGCUGGGUAUCCAAGUGGUGAAGGACCUCAGCACAGACCAGCUGGCUGCCUUCCAGGAGGAGCGUGCCCAGUUCCUGGCGUCCCAGGCUCUGGCAGAUGCUGAAGCCGCCGCGGCAGAGGCGGCCAAGAAGUGAGCCCUCCACCUGCCCUGCCCCCCUCCGCUCCCUCAGGGUCACUGGCUGCAUGCACCUGGGGACAGAGAGGGCUGAUGGUCACCUGUGACCCUACUUUACUUUUUAUGUAUCAUGUCAGUCUAUAAUUUGAAGGGCUAAAGACCCUAAUAAAUACUGUGUCAUUUGUUACCUUG